GAGCCCCCGCCGUCGCGCCCGCCGCCCGCCCGCGCCCGCCGGGGGGCCGUGCUGCCGCGCUUGCAGCCCCUCGCCCCGCGCCCGCCGCCCCUCGUGCCCCGGGGGCGCUGCGCGGGCGCCGAGCCCGCGCGGGCUCUGCUUUUGCCGCCGCCCCUGCCGCCCCUGCGGCCGCCGCCGCCGCUGGUGGGGGAGCCGCGGGGUUGGGGGGGCAGGAGGGCGCGCGCGGGGCCGGCGGCGAGCGGCGGCGCCCCCUCCUCCGCGGGCUCCGCGGACAUGGCCGCGGCGGUGGCGGUGGCGGCCGCGUCCCGGCGGCAGUCGUGCUACUUGUGUGAUCUGCCCCGCAUGCCUUGGGCCAUGAUCUGGGACUUCACGGAGCCCGUGUGCCGCGGCUGCGUCAACUACGAGGGUGCCGACCGCGUCGAGUUCGUCAUCGAGACGGCACGGCAGCUCAAGCGGGCGCACGGCUGUUUCCCGGAGGGCCGCUCCCCGCCCGGCGCCGCCGCCGCUCCGGCUGCAGCCAAGCCGCCGCCGCUCUCGGCCAAGGACCUCCUCCUGCAGCAGCAGCAGCAGCUCGGCCACGCCGGCCCGGAGGCGGCCCCGCGCGCCCCGCAGGCGCUGGAGCGCUACCCGCUGGCCGCCGCCGAACGGCCUCCACGCCUGGGCCCCGACUUUGGGGGCGCCCGGCCGGCCGCGGGCCUGGCCCAGCCGCCGACGCCGCAGCCGCCGCCCGUGAACGGCAUUCUGGUGCCCAACGGCUUCUCCAAGCUGGAGGAGCCGCCGGAGCUGAACCGCCAGAGCCCGAACCCGCGGCGCGGCCACGCCGUGCCGCCCACGCUCGUGCCGCUCAUGAACGGCUCGGCCGCGCCUCUGCCAGCCGCGCUCGGCCUCAGUGGCCGAGCUGCGGCCUCGCUGGCCGCUGUGUCCGGGGCUGCAGCCGCCAGCCUGAGCUCCGCGCCGCCCGCCGAGCUGGGCGCGCACAAGCGGCCCGCGUCCGUGUCGAGCUGCGCGGCCGCGGAGCACGAGCAGCGCGAGGCGGCGGCUAAGGAGAAGCCGCCGCCGCCUGCACACCGCGGCCCGGCCGACAGCCUGUCUUCCGCCGCUGGGGCCUCCGAGCUGGGCGCGGAGGGCGCGGGCAAAGGCCGCGCGUCCGGAGAGCAAGACUGGGUCAACCGACCCAAGACCGUGCGGGACACGCUGCUGGCGCUGCACCAGCACGGCCACUCGGGGCCCUUCGAGAGCAAGUUUAAGAAGGAGCCGGCCCUGACUGCAGGCAGGUUGUUGGGGUUCGAGGCCAACGGGGCCAACGGGUCUAAAGCAGUUGCAAGAACAGCAAGGAAAAGGAAGCCCUCUCCAGAGCCAGAAGGUGAAGUCGGGCCCCCUAAACUCAACGGAGAGGCACAGCCGUGGCUGUCCACGUCCACCGAAGGGCUCAAGAUCCCCAUCAAUCCCACAUCCUCUUUUGUAUCGCCACCGCCACCCACUGCCUCACCUCAUUCCAACCGGACCACACCGCCUGAAGCAGCCCAGAAUGGCCAGUCCCCCAUGGCAGCCCUGAUCUUAGUAGCAGACAAUGCAGGGGGCAGUCACGCCUCGAAGGAUGCCAACCAGGUUCACUCCACGACCAGGAGGAAUAGCAGCAGCCCACCCUCUCCGUCCUCAAUGAACCAAAGAAGGCUAGGCCCCAGAGAGGUGGGGGGCCCGGGGGCAGGCGGCACGGGAGGACUGGAGCCAGUGCACCCCGCCGGCCUCCCGGACUCCUCUCUGGCAGCCAGCGCGCCCCUGUGCUGCACGCUCUGCCACGAGCGGCUGGAGGACACCCACUUUGUGCAGUGCCCGUCGGUCCCGUCACACAAGUUCUGCUUCCCUUGCUCCAGACAGAGCAUCAAACAGCAGGGCGCUAGUGGAGAGGUCUAUUGUCCCAGUGGGGAAAAAUGCCCUCUUGUGGGCUCCAAUGUCCCCUGGGCCUUUAUGCAAGGGGAGAUCGCAACCAUCCUUGCUGGAGAUGUGAAAGUGAAAAAAGAAAGAGACUCGUGACUUUCCAGUUUCAGAAAAACCCAAUCAUUACCCUUAACUAAAACUGCUUGAAUUGUAUAUAUAUCUCCAUAUAUAUAUAUAUCCAAGACAAGGGAAAUGUAGACUUCAUAAACAUGGCUGUAUAAUUUUGAUUUUUUGAAUACAUUGUGUUUCUAUAUUUUUUUUGACGACAAAAGGUAUGUACUUAAAAAGGCAUUUUCUUCUUUUGUUAACGUUAUUAGCAUAUCUCUGUGCUUUAUUAUCCUGGUGACAGUUACCGUUCAAUGUAGGCUGUGACUUGCGCUGCUUUUUUAGAGCACUUGGCAAAACCCGAAAUGCUUCUAGCUGUGUUUGUAUGCACUUACUUUAAAAAGAAAAAAAAAAAAAAAGCCAAAUACAUUUUCUGACAUUGUAAGAUUGCCUUACUGUCUGUUAUUCCUUGUUGCUGGCCCCUUUCUCAGGCUGGAGGCCAACUGGUGGAGAAGGAAAGGAAGUGAGUGCAAGGGGCACUGUUGUGAAGUGGGCACGCCACUGGGAAAUACCAGUUUUACCCCAGAACAUUAGAUACUGAGUCUUUCUCUCUUUUGUUCUUAAAGUUCAGUUGUUGGGACAUUGAGGACUGCCUGAGAGUUGCUGCUGAGAGAUUUUUGGGACUGGUUUUGAGGGGAAUUUUUUCUUGAAGGCGAAGUUGACCACUGUUCGCCGCCCACGUAAUCAGUUGUAAGAUUAUAAUGCUGCAUGCUAGUUGGUUACAUAAUACACAAUUCAGUGACAGAAGGCGGUGGCGAUGGUGGCGUGGACGAGGUGGCACUGCCAUCUUUGAGCAGGGCCGGGCUCUGCAGCGCCACUCCAUCCUUGUAAACACCCCGGAGCUCUGUUGUUGUUGCUGUUGUCAUUUCCUUGGAAAAGCGUUGCAAGAGAAGUUACAGUCCAGGUGAACUUGGAGAUUGUGGGAUUGCUUUCGUUUCUGUUUUGUGUUUUGUUUUUUGAUCAUUUACCUGUAGUGCUAUUGCUGUUGAUGCUCUCAGCUACACCGUGUCUCAGGAGUGCUGACUACAGCGUGGUACAGUGACAGUAACAGCACCUGGUGCUGCCAGGACUGCCCGUGGGCGCACCAGCGACAGCCCCGAGGGGGUGGAGGAAGCCUGUAAUUUCCUUCUUACGUGUGUUUGAAAUACCAAGUGAAUAAUACAGUUCUUCUGGGGAAAAAUGAGAAACUAGUGAAAAUUAAAGAAAAGGUUUUACAUAAUAGACAGGCCCCACCUCUCAAACUAUUUUUAGAAGCCUUUUGUAAACAUUUCUUUUGAUCACUAUUUUGCAUCAGUAAAAUGAUUUUUUUAAACCAAUAAAUCAUCAGUUAUUAGAAAUAGUUGUCUCAGAGCGAUACUGGUUUUUCUUUUGUGCUGUUUUAACAUCCACAGGAACACUAUUUUAAGUCGUUUUAUGUUCAGGUGUUUGUAACUUGGCCCUAUAAUUAGGCUGAAUCAUCGCUUCAAGGUCUAUUACAACUUAUGUGUAUCGUUCACAACCCAGCUUCUAUUUUAAUUUGAAAAUAUAGAUUGUUAGCCACUUUGGGUUAUUUUUUAGUUCUGUUUUUGUCUUUUUAAAAUGGCUCAAAUAUUUUUUAAUGGUCGGGUUAUUAACACUUGAAAAUCAGAUACUGCACCAAAUACAGUAUUUUUCGUAGUGUUUUUAAUGAGUGCACCUAUUAAUGCUGUGCAAAUUCAUGUUACAAGUCAUUGUUAUAUGACCAACAGACUUGCAUGAUUAACCAGUUUGUUAUUACUUUUUUUUUUAAUUGGGGUAGCUAUGACUCAGAUCAGACUGGUUUCUCUUAUGUAAAUGUACACAUGCAGAAACAGAGUCAGUUUUACAUGCCCAUAAAGACAUUUGUAAGGAACUCAACUAUUAUGGUCUGUUGUAUAAAUGUGUAUCUAGGCACUUUAUUAUAAACUGGAAUUUGACCUCUUCGAUGUUACAAGUUUAUCAGUCAUUUGACCUAAUUUGUGGUAGCUAUCUGUAUGUUUUGCAAUCUUAAUGCAGAUAGCUUUCCAAAAAAACAAUGAAGAACCAUCCUGCUGUUUUGAAUAAGUUUAUCCAGCUGUGGAAAAGACAGCCUACCCUUCUCUGUGCUGAUGAUGGUUAAGAGGAAGAAAACGCACAGCUUUCAGGGGCUGUGUGUGGAGGUUACUCCUGUUAAAAACUGCGAUUCCCAUCAGUCGGCCUGGCCCCUGGGUGGCCUUCGUGGAAGACUUGCAGCUGGAAAGUGUUGAUCUGGGUUGUUUUUCUGGCAUUCUCCUAAGUUAAAAAGUUAACACGGGGACAUGGGCUUGAUCUUUUGUGGUGCCCGAUGACAGUACAGAGAUGCUCCCCAGCUGGAUAAGAAUGUCAGAAAGCUACUUACUGUACAUGGGCAGUAUCAGAUUUCAAAUCCUAAUAUUUCAGCUGUGCUUUUAAUACUCAAAAUAUUAGGGGAUGGGUGUUGAAGCUUUCCCUUUUUUGCUUUACCGAUUUAUAGGAUUUAACAGAUGUACUGUCUUUCAUGUGGCCUCACAUUAAAAGUUAUGAGAACAUACACAUGGUUUACAACUUUUAUUAUAUACCUUUCCUUGGCCGCCAAGUAUUUUAAAAAGUGUGCCACCUUUUAACCUUUACUUUUUUUUUAAGUUGAAGGUGAUACUUUUUCUAUAUAUGAUGAAACUCAUGUUAACUGAAGUGAGUGUAAUCUCAGAUAUCAACAUUAUUAUAUUUUAAAAUCACGCUGUGGAAAUAUCACCUGCAUUCUGUCAUUUGUCAGAUUUACAGUACUUUUUUUUCUUUAACUUUUAGCAUUAAAUAAAAAUAAAAUUGGGAGCACUGAA